AUGGUUUCCCAGAAGAAGCCCACCGGUGUUGCGCGCAACGCUCGCGGCGGCGCCAUCGCAAAGAGAAAGGGCAGAACCGAUCGCGACGGUGACCUCGUUAUGGAUCCUACUGCACGCGCUCGUCCUGGUGGUGGUAUCAACAAGGGUGGCAAGGCAGGCGCGCCCAAGCCUCGCGGCGCAAAGCCCGGUGCUCGCGGCGCUGGUUUCGAAAAACAGCUCGCCAGCCAUGUCGGAGGCUCAUCAACCGCAGUGCGCACACGACCAAGUAGAGGACUGGAAGAACUCCGAAUCACUGGCCACAAGAGCAGCAAGGCAGCUUCAAACACCGAUGGCGGCUUGAGCUCGCUCAUUGUCUGGGUCGAAAAGAGAGCCUCGCUCAAAGCAAAGAGAGCCGUCAAAGUCAAGAAGUCCCGAGCCGAAGGUGACGAUCUGAUAAUCUCGGUCCCUGGAGAAGACACGGCCCACGUGUUGCGCCUCGAUGGCUUUGUUUUCGCUGGAGCAAACAUCAAGAUCGAACGAGCCGACUCCGACUCUGGUGCUUCCAAGGAGGCUGCCAUCGCCAUGCUCAAGGGUGUUCUCACCAGAAGAUACAUGGUCGAGAACAAACUGCUCGAUCUCAGCAAUCUUGCCGAAGACCCCGACCUCAAGGCUGCUUCAAUCUUCGACAGCAGCUCAACCACGAGCAAAUUCUUCCCUGCCAUGAUGAAGGUCUUGGAUCAACAGUUCAAGUCCAACGCCGAAAAGAACGAGGCCAUCAUCAGCGUCUCCCUCGCCAACAACCAACUCCCAACUGUCAGUCCUGUCACAACUCUCGCCCAGACUCUACCACAGCUCAAGAACCUCGACCUCUCCAACAACGCCUUCAAGGACUUGACUGCGCUUGAAGCAUGGAGACGCAAGUUCUCAAAGCUUGACCACCUCAUCGUCACUGGCAACCCUCUGGAACAGGCCGAGCCCGACUAUGUCUCCAAGCUCUUGGCCUGGUACCCCAAACUUCGUCUCCUCAACACUGUCCAAGUCCGCUCUGACGAGGAUGCCAAGACUGGCCGUCAAGUCACCGACAUUCCCUUCCCUAUCAGAGGCCCCAACUUCCAGGACGAAGGUCAGAUUGCCGAGAACUUCCUGCGUACCUUCUUCGCUGGCUACGACACAGAUCGCGCCACCCUGGUCCAGCACUACUACGACGAGCAGUCAGACUUCUCCUUCUCCGUCAACACCGCCGCUCCUCGCGAUCCCUCAAAAGCCAGCGACACUGCCCCUCAGGAAUGGGACUCUUAUAUCAAGGGCAGCCGCAACCUGAAGAAAAUCACUCAGCUUCCUGCCAGACAGAGCCGCCUCUGCCGUGGGGCCCAAGCCAUCCACGAACGCUGGUCUACCCUUCCUGCUACUCGCCACCCCGACCUUGCUACCCAACCUCAGAAGUGGCUCCUCGAAUGUCAAUCACAACCUGGCGUCCCUGACCCCACUGGCGCAUCACCUGUCGGUGUCGACGGCUUCCUCAUCACCGUCCACGGCGAGUUCGACGAAAUUGACGUUAGUAACGGUCAAGUCAAGAAGUCUCGCUCUUUCGACCGCACCUUUAUCCUCGGUCCCGGUGGUCCCACUGGUGUCCGCGUCGUCAGUGACAUGCUCACCAUUCGCGCCUACGGAGGUUUCGCCGCCUUCGAGCCCGAACACAACGAACCACAAGUCCCAGUCGAGGCCGGCGUGCCCGUGCUUCCACCAGGACUCACACCCGAGAUUGCCGAACAAAUGCUCCUCGAACUUCAGAAACAGACCUCCAUGACUGUUCAGUAUGCAAAGGACUGUCUCGAGCAGGUGCAGUGGGACUUUGACCGCGCCCUGCAGGCCUUUGCUGCCGUCAGAGCCAACCUUCCUGCCGAUGCUUUUGUUCAGGCUGCUUAG